AUUCGCGCAGCAAAACUGCACUGAACCAGUCUGUGUUAGUUGCGCAGAAGCGACAGUGCGAUCAUCACAAGAAAACGUUUGUUCGAGCUCAACUCUCAGGAAAUAGUUAGUAUGUUCACGGUCAAACCUUUGGAGACGCCUUUGGCCAAAGCUGUGGAGGCACCGAUGCACGGCAGCACGGUUGAGGUGCACCUGAACGAUGGCAGCUAUCUUCCGACCGGCGAAAAGCCUCGCAAACCAACGCACUGCGUACUGACGCCGAAGUUUGUUACGCAAGCGGAACGCAUUCACCACUUGACGGUGUACGAGGAUGACGUUUGGAUAUUGAGCUUCCCCAAGUGUGGAACCACCUGGACGCAGGAGAUGGUGUGGCUGAUCAGCCACGAUCUGGACUACCGGACAGCGUCCGAGGUGAACCUGCUCGAUCGUUCGGUAUUCCUCGAGUUUUCUGCUUUCGUGCUAAACUACCCCGGCGAUACGAUCGAGCAGGUGGAAAAGGCAACCCGUCCGCGACACAUCCAGUGCCAUCUGCCGAUCGCACUACUGCCCAAACAGAUCUGGACCGUACGGCCGAAGCUCAUCUACUGUGCCCGCAAUCCGAAGGAUGCUUCGGUAAGCUUUUUCCACCACUAUCGCCAUCUGCACGGUUAUCGCGGGACCAUGCCGGACUUUCUUGAUGCCCUCCUAACCGAUCAGAUACUGUUCGGACCGCAGAUACCGCAUACGCUCGACUAUUGGCACGUUCGGCGAGAGAUGAACAUAUUGUUCCUUCACUUUGAAGAGAUGAAAACGAACAUGGGGGAUGUACUACGUCGUGUUUGCAGAUACUUUGGUAAAUCGUACUCCGACCAACAGCUGGCCACAUUGGAAAAUCAUCUCUCGUUCGACGUUAUGAAGAACAACAAAUCUGCAAACAACUCAUGCGUUUUGGAGCUGGUAGAAUCACUCUCCGGCAAAAAGGUGGAGAAUUUUCAAUUUAUGCGCAAAGGAAAGAUCGGUUCACAUACUGAAGAAUUGUCUGAAGAGUACAUAAAACGGUUUGAGGAAUACAUCACGAAACAUCUUGAAGGAAGCGAUUUUCGAUUCAAAUAGGUAUCCAAUUGGUUUCAAUCAGUAUAGGAAAUAGGAUUCCUAAUUCGAUAGUUUCUUCUGCGUAAGCAUUUCACUAUCCAGUUACUAAGUGAUAGCUGGGAUGACGAUAACCACGUGCUUUGUAAUGUAGUAAACGAUGAAAAUAAUAAAACAAAAUGAAAUGUUUUGAAAACAAA